AUGUUCCUCAAACGCCGCUUCGAGGAGUUCACGCCUGACAUCACUGCUGAUAAACACAACGGAGACUUUCACCGGCAGGGCAACGAGACCUUCAGGUUGCGGUGCUCCGGUCCGGGUCUGUACCUGUGCAGCAUGACCGGCCUGGUGUUCCACAUGGGGGGCGAUGGGGGGGAAGUGGUUUACAGGAUCGUCCCCUGGGACUGGAGGCUGCUGGACCGCCAUCACAAGAAGCCCGCGGGACCCUUGUUCAACAUCGAAUGCGAGCAGCGGUCCGUGCUCGGCCUUCACCUCCCUCACUGCGAGAUCCAGAGUGGCGGGGGGGGCGACUUCCUGUCGGUGGCUCAUGUGGAAGACGAGGGCGUGGAGUUCCUCCGCCCGAGGGAGGUGACGGAGACUCACGUCGUGGUGGACGUCUCGGGGCUUUCUGCUCUUGGCAACGUCAGGGACGGGGAUUCCCCCCCCCAGCCGGUCCGAGCGCUGGUUCUGCUCUUCUACCGGCCCCCAAACGACCCAGACGACCCGGAGUCCCUCCUCAACGUGUUGAUGCUGCCGAGUAACGCGGUGGUGGAUAAGGUGCUGAGCGCCCGGGGGAAGCUGGUCGAGCCUGAGUCCUACAUAGAGACGACCUCGCAAUGCAAACUGCACCCGGACCGGGAGUACGUCCUCUCCACCAGUCCCCAGAACAACCGGGUCAUAGUUCAGCCCACCAAGGCCGAGUUUCACUGCAACUACGACAACUACAUCCCGUCCUUCCAGGUGAUCUUAAAGAGGAGGCUCAAACACAUCAAGCUGUUUCUGAAAGAAAGCGACGGCGGCGUCGGCGUCUGGGAAAGACGAGUCGGCCUCUCCACCGUCAGGCCGUCCAGCAGGCCGAGCACUCUGGACCUCGUCCACAGCAAGAGCCUGAUGGAGGUACGGACCGGCUUCGUCGAGAGCAUCUCUGGACCUGUGCUCAAGAGUCUGCUGGACCGACUGUUGGAGGAGAAGGUGAUCACUGACGCCGAGAGGGAGGCAGCGGAGGCGGAGCCGAACAGAAGCGACAGAGCUCGUUCCGUCAUCGACACCGUGAGGAGGAAGGGCAAAGAAGCCAGGUCGAAGAUGAUUGGCUUCCUCAUGGAUGACGACCCGUUCCUCUGCGAUCACCUGGGGUUGUUUUGAAGCUUCCUCUGCCGGCCGACAGGACUUCCUGUUUACCGUUGAUUCCUCUCUGAAUCUCACAUUUGCAGAAGGUUGGAGGUCAAGUCCCUAGACUUAGUAGCUGUUCUGGAGCUUUUUUAAUUUUCUCAUAGUAAAGAUAUAGAUAUAUUUCACUUUUUCAAAGUACUUUAUAGACUUUUUGUUACUUAGUUAGUAGUUGAGAUCAUGGGGUUGUAAUUUUCCCUAUUUUGUCGCUCAUCGAUCGAUUGAUCCAGAUGUCCAUCACAGCGCUCCAUCACAUUUAUACUGGUUAUGUUUUAGGGAAAUCCUGACACUUUACAACUCCAAAAGAGCCGAUGUCCUCUCAUCUCCUCUUCUCCUCCCAGCCAAUGUUCUGUGGGCAAGGAGGAGAGGAAAGGAAUCAAGGAAGCAAAAAAUCUGGAGAUAGACCUGUGGAGUUGUCCAUCAUGAUAGAACCCGUCUCAAUGGCUGCAACACAAAUGGGGCACCAAACACGUUUGAAGUAAUAAAUAAGCAUGUUAAUUUAAAGAUUGCAUGUACUAAACUAACCAAACAUGGAGUGUGUAAUCAGUGCGUUACUCCCUGGUACUGCGAAAAGGAUUUAAUAAUGUCUGGAUUUAGCUGUUUAUCUGCUGAUCGACAUGCUUUAUUUAACUAUUUCUGACCUUCUUCCUAUUAUUGUCCUGUACCUGCAUGAGUGUAAAGAAAAUAAUUGAAUAAUCAAAUACUACAAUGAUUCAACAGAUAUACGAUAGAAUAAAUACUGGGCUUUGAUGACGUCGUCAGUAUCCUUUGCAGCUUAUAUUGUUGUUGUUUUUUCGAUCGUUCCUUCUUGGUCUUGACUGAGGAAAAUAUUUUUGUGAAAUUCUUUAACUGACUUUGUUUAAACAGAAAAGUUCAAUUUGUACUGUAUUGUACAGGACAUUUUCUUUUUAGAAAUAAAGGAUCAUUUGAAAGAUAA